AUGUAGUGCUAUAUACAGUACAAAACUAUGCGAAAGGGCAUCUAGCCUAACGGUUAAGGACUUUCGAGUAGCACCUCCAAGUCCUGGGUUCGAUUUCUAUCGGGAGUGAAUUUUCAGGCUUGAUUAAAAAAAUCUCAUUGUUGUGCUCCAUCCGCUCUCGGGUUACGAUGUCCUGUGCGACACCCUCCGGUUGGGCCGUUGCAGAGUGGACAGUUGACGCCGGCUCGUCAGUGAUGGGGCCAGGAUUCGGGAAUUUUCUCGGCUGGAACCAUUGUUUCAGUCUCUUCUUAUAUGGAAUACUAGGAGGGCGGUUUUUCACUCUUUGGCCGAGUUUUUUUUUACAGUACAAAACUAUAUUUUGUACAAUCGUAUGCUAGACAUAGUCUAAGACGAUAAGUAAUAGGAUGCAGUUCUUUUCCACUUGUUUAUUCUCGUUGCUCCUCAGUCCUUGUUAGCAUUAGUAUGUGAGAUCAGCUAAAAUGGCAAAUGAUAUGGAAGGAUAGAGUAUAAUAGUAUAUGGUUGGUUGUCUCACUGGUUGAGCGAAAGACUUACGGUUCCUCUGGAAAGACUUUUGAGACACUUUAGCUCUGGCUUCUUGGCUGAAUUGAAUCCUACCCUGUGAAAAAACUCUAGAGGAGAAGCCUUUUUUUGUAAGAGAAGAGUCAAGCCACCUUGGCUUCUACGACUUCUCUAGAUUCUUAGAUAAAACUGUUUGCAAAGAAGCCCUACCAACCUUAUUAUAAUCCUCGGAUUCACAACAUUUCUUAUCAGUGCUAGUCAUCAGUCAGAUCUGUCCGUUUGCCCUCUGGUUCUGUAUCCGACAAAACGUGUCCUGUUUUUUUCCUCCGGCUCCCAUUUGUAAAUUGAUAGCAUGAUCUAUUGCACUACCUUUAGUGGUAGCACUGAUGACCAAAUCGAUGGUAACAGGAAAUAAAUCAUAGUCUGAGAGUCCAAGCAGUGACUAGGAAAAUGGAACCAGUGAGGCAUGCAGACGCAUGGCGCUCAUCUUCGCCGGCAGUCACAGCUCAGAACAGAACAAAAGUACUACACCACCCAUUUCAAACCAUGGAUCUGAAAGAUUGUUCGGGGCAUUCUUUUUUCGAACAAGAACAAAAAGAUAGCAGACCCUGGCCGGCAUCAAGCAAAUACUCACCGUCCUGAAACAUAAUUCUUUUUAGCCUACUUUUUCGUCCACAUUCGAAUGAAUGAUAAUAAAUAUAAACAUACAUACAAACCAUAUUCAUAAGUUAAUAUUAUAUAUAUAGUCUGAAACGAAUUAUAUUUUGGGACGGAAGGAGUAUUAAACUUAGCCUUGCAUUGGAAUACAGGUGCACGUAUCAUUAGGAUGUGUUUGACAAACAUGAAUACAUGAUUGUCGUAUUAUGAGAUCAACAUAUAUCAUGGUUGUUGUCUUGUCCCUCUGCACUUACCACCGUGGACGUAGCUGCAGAUGAGUCACUGACGUGCGGAGCCGACCAUUGCAUGGCCCCAUACACAAGCGAUCGAACGUAAGAGGAAACGUUUACUCCUAACCCCAGCCUCACCGUCGCCUACGUAGCUUGAGUUGGCGAGUUAACCGCCAAACUCCUUUUACCAGUCACACACUCACUCACGCCUAGACCAAUAAUCUGUGUUUGCCUUAAGCGACACGGUCGAGUGCGGAUUACAAUUCCUUUUUGUAUUUUUCAAAACCGUUUUGUUGACCAAAGUUUGACUUUUACAUUUUCAAAUUCCAAAUCAAAAUACAUAAAAAAAUUGGACCGGUUUUUAAAUUUCGGACCAGACUGAUAACGAGAAAUUUUGUCGAAAACAGUCACUUCCCGAGCGAGAAGUUUUACCCUGGUGGCUACCCAUUGACCGCCUCAAGCUCUAAGACGCAACAAGGCCAAAAAAAAGUUUAGGAGUGGAAUAAGCAAAUUUUUAAGCCUUGCACGGCUGAGUUAGAGCUUAUCUUUUCCUCUUUUACGGUAAGGCCCAUGCCAUGAUUGAAGACGCAAACGAACUUAUGGUUAAGGCCACGGUCACGAGAGAACCAUCAUAUUAACUAUGUCUAGGGGUCGACAAGAAGCCAACGCCUUUGCCUUCAUCAAACCCUAGCUACCAUAGAUCCAAAGGACCUGAUCCGCUUGUGGUUCAGAAUUGCCUAUCAAGCCUAGGCCUGAAUGCACUAGUCAUCUACAGGACCCGCAACAAAAUGAGCUACGUUGAGACCCAUGCAACAAAGGCUAGGGUCGGCGUGUCGCAGAGAUAGUAAUGAUGGUGCUGGAGCUCUUCGCCAUUCACGCGCAGCUAGUCUUAAAGAGCAAGGCCAGAGAAGACGACCGAGACGAAUGCCGACAAGUACGACUUUACCAAGGUAGAACGACUCGUUUUGCCACGACGCAGUAGCUCCUUUCCUGAGAAGCUACCGGUAACCGACACCCACCUUAGCCUAUAAAAAGGAGAGGAUCGGCCGAGAACAAGGAGAACACUCAUGCAGACCACAGACGACCACGCCAAAGCACACGAAUGACUACGGAGGUCGAAGCCAAGGAGCACACCGCCACGACAACCAAGGCUUAGCUAGGUAGCGAGCACCAGAUUCGUAGUCCUUAGGCCACACCACGCAUAAGAAACUUGAGAGCCUCCUCCCUCUCUCGCUCGCUUGUAACCCCUACUACGAGCAUUGAGCAACAAGGUGCCGGUAGCGUAAGCCACCAAAGAUUGGAUGUAGGGACGUUUUGCCAUAAGCAGUAUAAAUCUUGCGCUCACUAAGCACACAUCUGGACCUAGAACGCACACAAAUAAAUUUACUUGUCAGAGCUGGUUUGAAACACCGUAAACUCAGGAAGAACCUAGAUACUGCCUUCUAGGAGGGACUCCGUUGGGGAAGAGGGGUUUUAGGAAUGCUUUAGAGUCAAGAGACCAUCCAAAGCGCCUCAAGUCGAUGUAAAGCCGAAGAGAGGUGAAGAAGCUACAACUAGGACUAAAACUAGAUCUAAUCUAAGAACAAAAAAGUAAAUAAAAGAAUAUUGUUGUUUUGGUUCGAUUGAUGGUGCUCCAAUCGGCUAUAUCCUAUAUACCUUUACUUGGUGAAAUCAAACAAAAUUUCACAAGAUAUCCAAAAAAAAUCCGCAAUAAAUCAGGACUCAACCCGAACUGAUGUAAUUCUGAGCAGUUUGGGGUUGAACUGUUCGGACCUUUCCCACCAGACUGUUGGGUGGUGCGAGAUUAGGUGCUCAACAAGAACCAUUAGUAUGUAGGAUUAUGUUAAUAUUCUUAUUUGCCUGACGGAAGCAUGCAAACAUUGGUUAGGAAUAUGAAACUGAUUAAUCUUUUAAUUACUUUCCUUUCCUUUUCUCGUGAAGUCAUGCAACUUGGAUCUGCAAGUAGCUGCAAUGAUGGACCGUCUUACCUCCAACCAGGGUAAAGAAGAAAUGAGAGGUGGAUGUGGAUGGGUGGUGUGGGCUCCCUGGAUUUUAUAUAUAAAAAAACCGACCUCGUCCCUUGCAUUCUGCAGCUCAGGAGCAAACAAACUCCAGUUCUCCCAUUGAUAUCUCGAUCAUCUCCUGAUACACUUCUCCCGUCAUGCAUCUCCUUGCCGCUCUUUGCGGCAUCCUUUUCUCCCUGCUGCACACUCCUACAUGCUCGGCAGCGACAGAUACACUCUCGCGCGGUGGUUCGCUGGCCGGAGACGCGAGGCUUGUCUCCAGCAACGGCAAGUACGCACUCGGCUUCUUCGAGACCAACAGCAACAAUCCCACGCACAACGCCUCCAACUCGUAUCUUGGAAUAUGGUUCCACAAAGUCCCCAAGCUGACACCCGUGUGGAGCGCCAACGGGGACAAUCCGGUCUCCAGCCCUGCUUCGCCGGAGCUCAUGAUCUCCGACGACGGCAACCUGGUCAUCAUAGCCGACGACGGCACCAAGGUCUGGUGGUCUACCCAGGCCAACAUCACGGCCAACACCACCGUCGUCGUCGCUGUUCUGUUGGCCGACGGGAACCUUGUCCUGCGGAGCUCCUCCAACUCCUCGGACGUAUUCUGGCAGAGCUUCGACCACCCAACCGACACCCUGCUGCCCGGUGCGAAGCUGGGCAGAAACAAGGUCACCGGUCUGGACCGCCGUUUUGUUUCAAGAAGGAAUUCGAACGACCAAGCUCCUGGUGUUUAUUCCAUGGGCCUAGGUCCUGGCGCCCUUGAUGAGAGCAUGAGGCUCUCAUGGAGAUCUACGGAGUACUGGUCCUCCGGUGAGUGGAACGGCAGAUACUUCGACGCAAUACCGGAGAUGUCGGGUCCUCGUUACUGCAAGUAUAUGUUCGUUACCAGUGGCCCAGAGUUCUACUUCUCCUACACCUUGGUGAACGAGAGCACAGCGUUUCAGGUCGUGCUAGAUGUCUCUGGCCAAUGGAAGGUGCGCGUAUGGGACUGGGACAGAAACGACUGGAUCACGUUCAGCUACUCUCCAAGAAGCAAAUGUGAUGUCUAUGCUGUCUGUGGAGCCUACGGGAUCUGCUCUAACAACGCAGGUCCGUUGUGCUCCUGCAUGAAGGGAUUCUCUGUAAGGUCGCCUGAGGACUGGGAAAUGGAGGACAGGGCUGGCGGGUGCAUCAGAGACACUCCAUUGGAUUGCAACGCGACAAGCAUGACAGAUAAGUUCUAUCCCAUGCCAUUUAGUAGGCUGCCCAGUAAUGGCAUGGGUCUGCAGAACGCUACAAGCGCGGAAUCAUGUGAGGGAUCUUGUUUGAGUAGCUGCUCUUGCACUGCAUAUUCCUACGGCCAAGGCGGUUGCUCUCUGUGGCACGACGACCUAACCAAUGUAGCAGCUGAUGAUGACACUGGCGAGACUCUCUACCUUCGCCUUGCCGCGAAAGAGGUCCAAAGCUGGCAAGACCGCCAUAGACAUGGAAUGGUCACCGGUGUAAGUGUUGCUGUGGGCGUAAGCACUGCCACUGUGAUCACCCUAGUGUUGGUCUCUCUAAUUGUGAUGAUGAUCUGGAGGCGAAGCAGUAGUCAUCCGGCGGACAGCGACCAGGGUGGCAUCGGGAUCAUCGCAUUCAGGUACGCUGAUAUAAAACGCGCAACUAACAAUUUCUCGGAGAAGCUAGGCACGGGUGGCUUCGGCUCCGUAUUUAAGGGGUGCCUAGGUGAGUCGGUCGCCAUAGCCGUGAAGAGGCUAGACGGCGCCCACCAGGGAGAGAAGCAGUUCAGGUCCGAGGUGAGCUCAAUAGGCAUCAUCCAGCAUGUCAACUUGGUUAAACUCGUCGGGUUCUGCUGCGAAGGUGACAGGAGACUCCUUGUCUACGAGCACAUGCCGAACCGUUCCCUCGACUUCCACCUGUUCCACCAGAGCGCGCAUGGCGGUGGCACCACCGGUUUGCGCUGGGACAUCAGGUAUCAGAUAGCUCUCGGUGUUGCCAGAGGCAUAGCGUACCUGCACCAUAGCUGCCGAGACUGCAUCAUACACUGUGACAUCAAGCCGCAGAACAUACUUCUCGACGCGUCCUUCGUUCCGAAGAUCGCGGACUUCGGAAUGGCCAAGUUUCUCGGGAGGGAUUUCAGCCGCGUCCUGACUACGAUGAGAGGAACUGUUGGGUACCUCGCCCCUGAAUGGAUCAGCGGAACAGCCAUCACAUCGAAGGUCGAUGUUUACAGCUACGGCAUGGUUUUGCUGGAUAUCGUAUCGGGAAGGAGGAACGCCGGCAGAGAAGCUUCCACCGACGGUGAUUGUUGCCAUGCCAAGUGUUGUUUCCCUGUGCAGGUCGUGGACAAGCUUCUCAACGGAGGCGUCGGAAGCCUUGUGGAUGCAAGCUUGGGCGGCGAUGUCAACCUAGACGACGUUGAAAGAGUCUGCAGAGUUGCGUGUUGGUGCGUUCAGGAUAAUGAGUAUGAUCGCCCUACAAUGGUUGAGGUGGUACAGUUUCUCGAAGGCCUGUCUGAGCCUGAUAUGCCUCCCAUGCCAACAUUCCUUCAUGCUAUCGCUGGUGGAUCGCCUUGAUGCUUUAGGGCUUGUUCGUUUUGUUGUUAAUCCAUGUGGAUUAUUGAAUGCGAUAUCUCAAUCCACUGCAAUUCA